AUGCUAGACAGUGGAGCUACACAUAAUUUUAUCUCUCCAGAAGCAGUGAAGAAGUUGAAACUUAAAUGCAGAGAGGACCCAAAUUUGUCAGUAGUGUUGGGAACAGGCAUUACGGUUCAGGGUUUAGGAGUUUGUGCACAAGUGACAUUUUCAGCACAAAAUCUAGAAUUCACCACAGACUUUGUGGUGUUGGAACUGGGUCCGAUUGAUAUCAUAUUAGGGGUGUAUUGGUUGAGAACGUUAGGAGAUUGUCAAGUGAAUUGGCAAAAACACAAAAUGUCAUUCUUGCAUAAAGGUCAGAUGGUUACGUUAAAGGGUGAACUUGAUCUAAACAUGUCGAAAAGAUCACUGAAGUCGCUAUCUUGUGGGGUUACUUUCAGUAAGAAAGGGGUACAGAUGGAACUGUCUAACCUACAGUCGAGUCAAUCUACUCCUCAACCUACAGAUAUUCGGAUACAGUCAGUACUAUCCGAGUUUGACAAAGUGUUUGAGGUUCCCACGGCUUUGCCCCCUAUCAAAGGUCAAGCACAUGCUAUUAAUCUCUUGGCAGGAAACAAUGCAAUCAAUGUGAGACCUUAUAGAUAUCCCCAUGCGCAGAAGGAGAUCAUGGAGAGAAUGGUUAAGGAGAUGUUGGAGUUGGGCAUAAUACGUCCAAGUCAGAGUCCGUUUUCAUGCUCAGUGUUAUUAGUGAAGAAGAAGGAUAACAGUUGGAGAUUUUGUGUGGACUAUAGGGCAUUGAAUCGUGUAACAGUUCCUAACAAAUUUCCUAUUCCAAUGAUUGAUCAGUUGCUCGAUGAGCUUAAUGGAGCUGUGAUAUUCUCAAAACUUGAUUUACGAGCAGGGUAUCAUCAGAUAUGGAUUAAGGAAGAGGAUGUGCCUAAAACAGCUUUCAGGACUCAUGAUGGUCACUAUGAAUUUCUUGUCAUGCACUUUAGGCUAACGAAUGCCCAAGCCACUACCAGUAUGGAACAACAUCUCGAACAUUUGCUGAUGGUUAUGCGGAUUCUCGAAGCAAAUCACUUGUUUACUAACAUGAAGAAAUGUUUGUUUGGUCAGCCACAAGUGGAGUAUCUGGGACACAUCAUUUCGAAUAAGGGGGUGUCGACUGAUCCAACAAAGACACAAGCUAUGACGCAAUGUCCCACACCCAAGUCAAUGAAGGAGUUAAGAAGAUUUUUGGGACUUACUGGAUAUUAUCGAAGAUUCAUUAAGGGAUAUGGUGUUUUAUCAAGGCCAUUAACUGAUCUGCUGAGAAAAGACAGUUUCGAGUGGUCCGUAGACGCACAAAUGGCUUUUGAUCGGCUGAAGAAGGCUAUGUCUACCGCACCGGUCUUGUCUCUUCCAGAUUUUGAAGAAGUGUUUGCAGUGGAAGCAGAUGCAUCAGGAUUCGGUUUGGGAGCGGUGCUAAUGCAAAAGAAGCAACUUGUUGCUUUCUUUAGCCAUGGAUUGUCAGCCAAAGGACAGCUCAAACCUGUUUACGAACGAGAGUUAAUGGCUAUUGUGUUAUCCAUACAGAAAUGGAAACAUUACCUGUUUGGCAGAUAUUUUAUGGUUCACACUGACCAGAAGAGUCUUAAGUUUCUCUUGGAUCAGCGAGAAGUAACGAUGGAUUAUCAAAAGUGGUUGGUGAAAUUGUUGAAUUACGACUUCGACAUAAUAUACAAUCCUGGAGUGGAGAACAAAGCGGCGGAUGGAUUAUCACGGAUGUGCUUUAAGCUCGCAGGCACUAAAUUGAAGUAUAGCACUACCUUCCACCCUCAAACUGACGGCCAGACAGAGGUACUCAAUAGGUGUCUCGAAACUUAUCUUUGUUGCUUUGCAUCUGCACAUCCUAAGACUUGGCAUCGGUUUCUCUCUUGGGCUGAAUUAUGGUAUAACACCUCCUAUCAUACAUCUUUGAAAACAACCCCUUUUAGAGUGUUGUAUAGUCGUGAUCCUCCAGCCAUCUUGCGUUUUGAAGACCAUUCGACUAAGGUCUCGGAGUUUGAAACGAUGUUGAAAGAACGAGAUCUCAUGUUGACUCAGAUAAAAGCUCAUUUGACUCAUGCGCAACAGCUAAUGAAGAACAAUGCAGAUAAACACCGAAGGGAUGUGGAACAUGAAGUGGGUAGUUGGGUUUUUCUGAAGCUAAAAUCAUACAGGCAGCAAUCUGUGGCCAAAAGAGCUUGUCAGAAUUUGGCGGCUAAAUACUUUGGUCCUUAUGAAGUUAUGGAGUGUAUUGGUAAGGCAGCAUACCGCUUGAAGCUACGUGAUGGAUCCAAGAUACACCCGAUAUUCCAUGUGUCUCAGCUAAAAAAGGUUUUGGGAGAUCAGAAGCAGGUUAUUCCUUUGCAUGAUAUGUUUAAUGAAGCUAGUGAGCUGAUCAUCGAACCGGAGAGCUUGUUGGAGACUCGGUAA